UACAGAAGUAAUUUCUUCAUUAUUCUUACUCAUACUUUCCCACGUGACGACAUAUCUGAAUUUUCCCUCCUGCUUAAAAUUCUGUAAAGGUUGCCAAAUAAUUUUCAUCGUUAAUUUGGAAAUUUCCUUAGUGAAGAAUUAUAAUUUGUAUACAAUUUCAGUAUGGCGCACGCUUCGAAAGGGGAGCCAAUCUCAAUCUUAAAGAUUGCCGAAGAUAAAGUCACGAUUGACGUGAACGCGAUAAAAUCCAUCUUUGAGAAGAUUGGCAACUGUUAUUUCGCCAUUUAUUCGAUCAACGGGCCCAAACGGACGGGGAAGAGUUACAUGUUGUCAAAUUUCAUUCGAUACCUGAACCAACAGAGUACUUCGAAGCACCAUGGGAACGACUGGGUUUUGAAUUCUGGAAACAUACACACUUUUCCCUGGAGAGGUGGAGAUGACCGUCAAACGAUCGGAAUUGACGUGUGGUCCGAACCAUUUUGGACGACACAGAACGGACGUCGAGUUGCCAUCAUUUUGAUGGAUACGCAAGGUUCCUUCGACGAUAAGACGACCCUCCAGCAGAACGCAAUCAUCUUCGCGAUCUCGACCCUCCUCUCGUCCGUCCUCAUCUUCAACAUUAUGCGCGACGUGGGUGAAGAUGUCCUCCAGUUCUUCCAAUUCUUCUCCAGCUUUGCGACCCUGACCAUACCGGAAGUCGAGGGUGCGACGGGGGACCGGGGGGCCGGUGCCUUCCAAAAGCUGAUCUUCCUCAUCCGAGACUUUCAAUUCGUACAGGACUACGAGUUCGGGUAUUAUGACGACAAGCACGUCCCCCAGGGGCAGGAAGUCCGGGGGAAGAAUUAUAAGAAGGAAAAGCUGGAUUCAAAAUCGAACCAACCCACGGAAGUGAGAUUCACGCAUGACCAGGUGGUCAAAAGUUAUCAGGACGUCGGCGUCUACCUAAUGCCCGAGCCGGACAAGGGCCUAAAACAACGCGACAAAGUGGACAAUCUAGACCCCGAAUUUUCCCAACACAUCGGCUUAUUCGUCCCCCUCAUGCUCUCCCCGGGUCAUCUCGUCACCAAAAAAAUGGGUGGCGUCGAGGUCACUGGGUCCGAAAUGAUUAAAUACGUCACCUCCUGGGCCACCCUGUUUGAAGGAGACGAUCUCCCCGAAAUCAAGAGCGUCUACCAUUCCGCCGCCGAGAGCCAGUUCAUCAUCGCGAAACAUUUGGCGCUUACUUUUUACGCGACUGAAAUGCAAACAUUUAUGCGCAAAAAUUCCGACGGGGUGGGCGACUCGUUACUCUCCAUGACACACGCAAACCUCGUCACCGAGUCGUUUGCCAUUUACAAAAGCAAAUCCAAACUUGGCGGGGCAAAUUCGGACGCCAAAUUUAAGGAAGAGUUCACCACCGAGUCGGUCCGUCUAUUUGACACUUUCCGCUCUAUUAAUCACGCCAACUUGACGGCCUCCAAGACUCGGGAGGAGCUGAAGGAGACGCAGGCGCGGUUCGAGAGGGACAUGCGCGCGCAGGAGAGGAGGACGCGGGAACGGGAAGAAGCCCAGGCUAAGCAGAGGGCCAAGAUGGAGGCCGACAUUGCGGCGGGAAUGAAGAAGAAUGAGGAUUUGCGGGAUGUUUUGGAAGAACAGAAAAAGGAGCGGGAACGAGAACGGGAGGAGGCGAAGAAAAAGGAGGCUGAAUUUGAAAAGAGGUUGGCCAGCGUAGCGACGAACCAGCAGCCGUCCUUUGUGGAUAUGUUGCCAGGAAUACUUGGAGGAUUGGCGAGCGUGCUUAUUCCUGGGUUAGGGGCAAUGGCGAGACGGCGAUAGGAAUGUUUUGUGGUGUUGGGGAUAAGUGUCAGCUCAUUUGCAUACAUAAAUCUUACGAUGCCCAUUUUCUCGGAAAUAUGGGGUUUUCGUGUUGAAUAUGUCAAUCGCGAAGGUGGCAAGACAUGCAAAUGAGGUGGCUAGCACAAAAGAUUGAACUACGUAUGUACAUAUACUAUAUAUCCACGAAGGUUUUAACUUUGACCGAAGUUAAGAAAUCUGAGAGACUAUAUGUACACCCUGUCAGUCUCAAAUUCCCCGGUCGCAUAAUUAAAAUCUUUCCGACAAUGAGGUGGUUAUUGCCAAUUUUGACCGGAUUAAAUAAUUGUUCAUGCUCAGAAAUAAGAAAUAAGCCGACCCGUAUUUUUCAUUUUCCAAAAUGUUUGUGGCCGAUUAAAAAAAUCAGGAUUUUUUAAGACGCUAUAACUUUUUGAAUUCUAGCCAUAUUUCCAAAUGAAACACAAUUUUCAUCACAAUUACUUUGCUGAAAUUAUAAAAACCCAUUUGUAAAAAUAAAAAAAUGAUGUAUUCAUACUAUUUAUAAAAAUCCAAAAAAUUGUGCUUAAUUUGUGAAAUCUCGUUAAAAUUCGAAAAGUUACAGCGUUUUAAAAAAUCCUGAUUUUGGUUGAAUUUUUUUUAAAUAUUCUGCCAUGGGCGAAAACAUCCGCAUUCUGGAAAACGCAGAAAUACGGUCCGCUUAUUUCUGAGCGUGAGCAAUUUAAGUCAAAAUUGGCGAUAGCCAUCUUAAACGAUCUCAUGGUGAGUCUGACAGUGGCGUCGUUUUUCGGAAUUAUACAUUUAUGAAAAAGUUUAAGCCUGCGUGGAAAGAGAGUAUGUUCGGAGCUUCAAAAUUCCCCAGUGGAUGACACCAAUGGUAUUGUACAAAGAUUAUCUUAUUUAUUUGAAUUUUAUUCUUACUUUAUGGGAUUUGCAUUGAAUAUUUAGUGCUCUUCGAUACAUGCAAAUACGAUCCGUCUUCUAUCUAUGCAUACAUAAAUAUAUAAUACAUUACUUGACAUGAUCAAAAGUGAAGUAAUUUUUUGUAUUUUUUACAUUCUGUAUGACAAUACAAUAUUAAUUAAUUAAUGUCAAUUAGAUCAAGCUCUAAUAAAAAUUACUUAGAUUAGUGUUUGUGAAAAUUAAUUGUAUGUAAAGAGUUAUGUACAUCAAUUGGCAACAUUCAAUAAUUUAAAUGAAUGUUUAAAUACGUACCAUUUAAGGAUUUAUGUGUGUAUGUAGCUCUAUACGUAUUUUGUUAGUAUUUAUUUACAUUGUUUAACACAAAAAAUAACAUUUUAUUGUUUAAUUAUAUUCAGUAAGUAUUUAUAUAUAUGUAUCGCAACAAAUUUAAUUACCUAAACUGUUAUUAAUUACUUUACCGGUGAAGUAAUACUCUACCGGAUAUUUUAAUUUAUAUUUAUAUUUGCUAUACAAAUUCAACAAGUACACACGUAUGUAUACUUAUGUAUGUAUCAAGCCGAAUAUGCAAAUAUGUACAAAUGUAUGAAUGAGUGUAUAGAUAAACGUGUCUUAGGAUUUAAUAAUUGUUAAUUCGUAAUCUAACUUUUUGACAUAAAAUGGAAUAAAUUUUGCAAUAAAGACUUUCCAGUCGAAAAUGAUUA